AUAAUCUCCAAGAAUCAACGAAGAUGAGGGCUUUUCUCUUGGUCUCUUUAUUAGUUGCCUUGAUAUUGGUAGCAGACUCAAAUCCAAUUGCAGGAUCAAAUAAGAAGGCAAAACGAGGAGUAUCAUUUUUCCCAAGGGGUUACGAUAUUUAUGGGGUUAUACCAGCGUUUACCUCUACAUGGAAUCCCACGAAUUACGAACAAUCGGCCUGGGAUUCUUCUUUAAAUUCUGAUCUAGCAUUAGGACAAAUACAACUGCACUCCACGCACAACAUUGCUCUUCAAGCUUUGAAUGAUCCUCACCCUGGAACACCGAGCAUUGUUUAUUCACCGGAAAUUUUACGCUCAGUUCAACAGGCAAAAGAAGCAAAUUAUAAUGUUCUUGUGGCUCAACACAGAGUUGAAGAGGCGAAACAAGCAACAAUUCUACAGCAAAGAUUAGCAAUAGCUAGAGAAGCUGCAGCUCGUGAAGCAGCUCACAGAUCAGCAGAAAUUUCCGCUCAUGCUCAAGAGGAAGCGAGAGCCAGUGCAAAACAAUUAGUAGCUCUACAACAAAAAUUAGCGACUUUAAAAGAUUCUGUAGCUGCAGCACAGAGAGUAGCUGCUGCAAGAGAAGCCGCGGCAGCUGCAGCAAUACAACGAAAUGCAGCUGACACUGCUGCAGAAUUAAGAAAGCAAGAUGUAGAUAAACAAAUCACUACUAGUGAAAGAGAGGCCAAGGCUCGAGAUUUAAUUGCGGCUAAGGAAAACGCUAUUGCCAACGCUUUACAAAAUUCGGCAACAGGAAAACCAGCGCAUCGUCCUUGGGGUUAAAUUUUUUGUUUUGAAAUAAUCAUUUAUGCACAUCAUAUAAUCGCAAAAUCAUAAUCAAACAUUAAUCAAAUAUCUGACUUAUGAUUGUGUUAUAAAGGCAUUUGUAUAAGGGUCAUAUUUAGAAUCAUUUUAUA